AUGGAAGCAAGUGAUCACAGACAUGUUACCCACGAAAAUAAGGGAGCGAACGAGUAGAGAAAUGAGAAUAAGGCAUAUGUACCUAUGGGAGAUGCUAAAUACACAGCUCAGUAAGUAUUGGAGAUGGAGGCUAACAAAGAAGGUAAAUAUGAUGAGGAUGGUUUCUUUGUGCUCCCCAAUGGAGACUUUAUCGAUCCUUAUGGCUAUUACUUCGACGAAGAGGGAUACGAUAACUUCGGAGGCUAUUAUGAUGAUGAUGGAUAUUAUGUACCAGGCGAGGAAUAUCAUGAUGAGUACUAUGAAAAGCUCAGAGAUUGGCUCCAUUUACAGAGCAUGUGUACCCAGCCAUUCAAUGGUUGA